GAGCAUCAGUACAAGUUUCCUAAUUAACACUACGGAGUACUCCGUAUUCUCUCUUCAAGGUAGCCACAUGACUUCAUACACUGACUAAAUAGAGCAUUGACAAAACUGUUUUCUACAAUGCAGAUAGCAAGUCAAUCAAUCCCAGGUUUGUGGCUUAAACUAGCGAUCAUAUGCGAAUUGUCUUCACCGAAAAAAUGGCUCAAGGUGCGGACAAACGGAGAUCAGUGCGCUAGGGCCAAUUGCCCCCUAAUGGUUGCCUUUUUUUUUUUUUUUUUUUGUGCACUUAACCGAUUACCGGUAGUCUUGCGAGCGGCGGAAGAAGAAAUUUCCAAUGGCUGGUUUUGUUGGCAAUGAGACUGCGACGUGGAAGUGAGAUUACUGGUUUAUUGUCAGCAGAAUCAGU